UUACAAUAGAUAGCGGAAUAAUUUACGAAUGAACUAAUAAGUGAAAAACUUGGGAUCCAUUCUUUCAUACCAAGUAGUAAGCACGAUAUUGACGAAAUAUGUCACUUGAAACGGUUCCUAAAGACCAGAGAAAUUUAAGGGCUUGUCUUUUAUGUUCUUUGGUUAAGACACUAGAGCAAUUUGAGUAUGAUGGCUGUGAUAAUUGUGAGGAAUAUCUCCGAUUAAAGAACAACAGGGAACGCGUCUACGACUGCACCAGCUCCAACUUCGAUGGAUUAAUUGCUUUAAUGGGUCCAGAGGACAGCUGGGUGGCCAAGUGGCAGCGAAUUGGUAGAUUUGUUAAGGGGUGCUAUGCCAUAUCUGUGACUGGUCGACUCCACCCCAGCACCGUCAGGGACCUCAAAAGUAAAGGCGUGUAUUACCGGUCAAGAGACACCAGUCUGAAGACAUGAAGGAAACAUUGCUUGUAUGUGACUGUGUGGAUAGUUGUGGACAAGGGUGGAAUGAUUCCUGUCAUAGCGAGAGACUGAAUGUAUCUCUGAUUUAGAUGGGAAAUUUACCAGAAUCUGAAAGAAGUGGGGCGAUUUAUUUUUUAUGACAUUAAAACAUAUGGCUGUGUAUGUGCACAUUAGACAAAAAAUGCUACUACAUGUAUGUUUCUACUUACAUUCUUCAUUUUUUUCAUUUUUAUGCUAUGUGUAAGUUGAGUAUUUAUGAGAAAAUAAAUCAAUGGAUUUGGAUAA